AUCUUUAGCAACGCCAUGUUGUUUUAGUCGACAGGAAAGCAGUUCAAAACAGCUCAAGAAAACGUUUAUUCUUGAUACGAUUUCUCGUUUAAAAUAAUUUAUUAAGACACAGAAAGAUCCUUAAGGGUCUAAAGAAAGUACUAGCUUCGUCAUAGAAAAUAAUCAGAGUAAUAUGGCUGCAGUUUUGGCGCAAAAAGGUGAUCCUUCCAGGACGUAUACCUUCGCGAGUCAACCUCGUCCCGUUCAACAACGAAAAAAAUUCAGAGAUCCUCUUACACAACAAAAUGAAUCCCCAAUGCCAUAUGGUAAUAUUAUGUACGACAAAAGAAUUGUUAGAGGGAACACAUAUGCGCAGAGAACUUUGCCAGCUUCUGCCCAGCCAGAUCCAAUUGAAGUCCAAAGACAACAAGAAAUGAGAAGAAGAGCCAUUGCCAGAAAGAGGGCUAAAGAUCAGCUCCAACCUCGUUCACCAGAGCCAGUGACUGGCAGAAAACACAUUGAUGUACAGACAGAACUUUACUUGGAAGAACUGAGCGACCGUGUUGAAGAGGCUGAAGUAGAGACACAGACUGAUGCUUUCUUGGACAGACCACCUUCCCCAUUGUUUAUUCCUGCUAAAACUGGUGUUGAUGUUGCAACACAGAUCCUGGAUGGAGAGCUGUUUGACUUUGACAUUGAAGUAAAACCCAUACUCGAAGUGUUAGUUGGAAAAACUGUAGAGCAAGCUCUUUUAGAAGUAAUGGAAGAAGAAGAGCUAGCCAAUCUCAGAGCACAGCAGAGGCAAUUCGAAGAACUCCGCAAUGCAGAACUCGUAGAAACCCAGAGAUUAGAAGAACAAGAAAGACGACACAGAGAGGAAAAGGAAAGACGCAUGAGGCAACAAGCCGAGGUUCUGCGCAAGGAAAAAGAGACCGGAGAUAAGAUUGCAGCUCGUGCAUUUGCUCAAAGUUAUCUCGCUGAUUUGGUACCAUCUGUAUUUGGCUCACUUAAUGAGAAUGGUUAUUUCUACGACCCAGUUGAAAGAGAUGUGGAAACAUACUUCAUGCCGUGGCUCAUGGAAAGAGUUGAUGAAAACUUGGAUCAAUCUAUGUUGGCCAGAACAUUAUUAGAUGUUAUCAUAAGAGAAGUUGUUUCAAAGAGACAAAGUGUUUACGGAAAAUUAGACGAAGAAAUUCGUCAAGCACAGGAAAAAGAAGCCAUGGCCAAGGCUGCGGCACAGAGAAAAAUAAUCAAAGAAACGACAUCACCUGAACCAACGACAGACAUACCCAGCGAAGAAACUGCUGCACCUGAAGAACCAAGUGAGGAACUCGGCGCUGAACCCCUGGCAGAUGAAAACCCUGAACCAGAAGAAUCUUAAAAAAUACUGGAGUGAAUAUAUAUUUGUAUUUAUUAGUGGAUGGCUAAAAAUUUUUUUACCUCUUGAGAAUACCUGUUACUGGGUAGAAUUCAAUAAAAUACAUAUAACAUAUAUAUAUCCUGCACACACAUAUAUAGAACAUCCAUAUAUCCUUUGCUAUGCAAUUUGACCAGCACCUCAUUUUUACUUAGUAUAAAGCAGGAAAUACUGUGUACAGACUUAAUACAAUUUAUGACUUUUUUAUAAAGACAUUGAUAUGUCACUGUUUUGUUGUGUUUGUUCUUUGCUGGUAUUUUUUAGAAAUAAACAAAUGAACAUAU